AUGUCGACACUUGUGUUACCACCAGAAGCAGAUGAUGUUGUUGGAAAAGUAACAAAGAAUCCGCCAGCUCUUGUCAUCUUUGGUCAGACCUACACAAGUAAAGCAACCCUUAUCAAUAAGAUAUUUAGGGAAGAUCUCUUUCAAAUUGUGGAUGAUUCUGAUAAUAAGAAGACAUGGCGAGCUGCACAUCUGAAAUAUGGUUCCCAGCGGAAUACUAGGUUGACUCUGACCAACAGCUUUGAGCUGCUGAAUGAAGAGUCAGGAUCUCCUGUAAUGAGAAAUUCUUGGACAGGUAUUCCUCGAUUAGAGAUGUUGGUGAAGGAGGAGCAUCAUAAAGAUACAUGUAUGCUAAGUGCAACCACAGAGGCAACACUAAAUCAUCCCCUUCUACAAUCCAAACUUCAAAUUCUUGUUACUCCACACAACUGUCCUGGAAUAACGAUAUCACAGGCUUAUAAUGUGUGCACUAAUAAUGUUCUCCCGGUGCUGUUGUACUGUUUUGACAAAGAUGAGCUAUCAGAGGACAACCUUCGUGAUUUGCAGGAACUUCAGAAUUGUGCAGGAACUCUUCCUAUAUUAUUUGUGGACUGCAGAGAGCCCAGUGAACCAGUGGUGGCAAAUAGGGAAAGGCGUCUUGUAGAAGAUGCUCAUGAAGACUUUGAUGAGGAUUCUGCAUAUGAUACUGAUGAGAGGAUAGAGGUAGAACGGGAAAGACACUGUGGGCUAGGUGCAAGAUUACGUCGUAGGUGUAGACCUACACCAAAUCAGAGACCUAGUAUAACAAAUCAGCUGUUCAGGGCAGGGUUUAUCAACAUUCCUGAGGAGAAUGGUAGAAUACGUGGUGUGCUUGAUGUGUUUACUAUUGUCAACCAGGUGGAGGAUCUCUUUAACUCUAUAGCUAUUGUGCAAUUCAUUCGUCGCUCCUUACAAUAUUACUUGAUCAGAUGCUGCACUGCGAUGCAUGAUCUUCACCAGCACUGCAUGAAUCUGUUCAUUACCACAGCUUUUGACAUGCAGAGAGACAUCCUUGUGACCCCAAAGCGAAUAGAAUAUGCAAGGCAAAGAGAGAAUGAGCUCUUUGAUUCCCUGAAAGACCUUACAAACCAAAAGCAGGAGCAGCUUCGAAACUUGAUUCAGAGUACAGUUGCAGACAUGACAGAAGACUUACUUGAACAGGCUGGAAAUUACAGAUUUACAGUUUAA